AUGUCUACCUCGGCGUUUGGUGCUCUAUUGCAACUAGAAAGCUCACCACCAAUCGCGAACCCUGCAGCUGCGGUGCACAGGGAUAAGCAUGGUCUUGCCAAUGCAUCUUUCGAUCUCGAGUUAAAUGAAGUUCGGCACGGUUCAAGUCCAACAUCCAAAACGACGAAAGCGAAUUCCGGCAUCGCCACUCCACUUACACCUACAGGGGUGGAGAAUCAUUCCCCUGCGCCUGACGUGUACGAAUCUGCGUAUCCAAAUGCAAACCAGGCAAGCUCAUCAAAAACGAAAUGGCGCUUGCUCAGUGCUUGUCUGAUGAAUUUGGGCGGUGGGUUGAACGACAGCGCUCCAGGAGCCUUAAUCCCUUACAUCGAGGAAGAUUAUAAUAUUGGCUACGCUGUUGUAUCUCUAAUCUUCGUGACUAAUGCUCUUGGAUUCAUCCUUGCUGCGCCCUUCACCCAUGCGUUAGAGGCCAAACUCGGGCGGCCAAAGGCGUAUGCUUUGUCCAUGGCUGUACUCGCUGCGGGAUACGUGAUUAUUGUUUGCAAGCCGCCAUUUCCAGCAAUUGUAGCGAGCUUCUUUCUCCUCGGAUUUGGGCUUGCGCUACAACUUGCUCUCAACAACGUAUUUUGCGCCAACCUCGUGAACAGUACCACAGCGCUAGGUUUCCUUCACGGUAGCUAUGGGAUUGGAGGAAUCAUAGGACCGCUUAUAGCGACAGCUUUGGCGUCUCAUGGGGUCCAGUGGUCCUUCUUUUACUGUAUCUCCCUUGCCCUAGCCUUAUUCAACGCAGCACUUGCGGCUUGGACAUUCCGUGGGUAUGAAAAGGAACUGCCCGUACAGCUGCUUGCUACAUUUCAACAGUCUACUUCCCAGCAAGAUCAUGAUCAUGGCGUUGCAAGUAAGACACAGUCGUUGAAGCAAGCAGUCAAAAACAGAACCACUCUUCUCGGUGCACUCUUUAUCUUCGCAUAUCAGGGCGCGGAAGUCUCUAUUUCAGGCUGGGUCGUAUCAUUUCUUAUCAGUUCUCGUGAUGGAAACCCCUCGCAGGUAGGGUACGUGAGUGCAGGAUUUUGGGCUGGCAUCACUCUUGGACGUUUCGCCCUCUCCCACCCGGCCCACAUGAUCGGAGAGAAGCUGUCAGUUGUACUUCUCGUGAUAGGAUCAGUCGCCUUUCAGGUGAUGACGUGGCUGAUCCCCAACGUUAUCGGAGAUGCCGUUGCAGUUUCUAUUGUGGGUUUGCUCCUGGGACCUGUCUACCCUUGCGCUACAGCAGUGUUCAGCAAGCUGCUCCCCCGGUCGAUGCAGAUGUCAAGUUUGAGUUUUAUCAGUGCAUUAGGAAGCAGUGGCGGUGCUGUAUCGCCUUUCUUCACUGGGCUGCUUGCUCAAAAUGUGGGUACCUUUGUCUUGCACCCGAUCUGUAUCGGAUUAUACGGUGUGAUGCUUACGGGCUGGGCUUGCCACCCUCGGAUCUCGAAGAGAUCUGAGUAA